AUGACAAUGAUGGUCAAGCACGCAAACCAUAACGCUACCACCCGACAGGGAUCGAACAAGCCUCGUCGUAUUCGCAAGUUGCCUUCUUCGCGAAAGAGCAACCACUCGUUGGGCAACAAGCAAGCAUCGAGCAAGAGCUUUCGAACCACCGCCAGCGGAACAUCCGCCAUGUUUCAUACCAAGGAUGGUGAUGACAUGAGUCAAUACGCCUUCUCGGUUGACCCUUCCAUGUACAACAAUAAUUCUAGUGGGAGGCAGUUAGUAAGUGACAACGACAAUGCCCAACCGCCACCACCACAAGAAGAAGAUUGGGAGGAACUGAAGAGUGUCGACGAAAGCGUCUACUGGGAUCGAUCCAUUGCUCCUGGUCAGCCAGUGACGCAAAAGGAAUUGGAAGAAGUCUGGAAGCGCACAAGAGGCAUGCUCGUCAAGGAUACAUCGAUUCCCAAGCUCAUUGUGCCCAAGAGUAGCAGUACUCCAAAAGUUUCCCCACCCAAGAAAACGUCACAUCGUUUUGUGAAGGACAACAACGACAAGUCGGUGCCAAAGAUCAUUGCCCCCACCCCCACCAAAAGGAGCCUUCCAGAAGAUGCCAGCGAAGAAAUGGACUUGAUGGGAUCCAGUCGCACCGUCUUCAAGCAAAUGCAGCUUCAGCAGCAAAAGCAACUGUCUCAGCAGCAGCGACCACCGUCCCAGCGAGUCAAGCAGCAGCCCCAGGAACUCGAUCCUACCGUCACGGAAGAAGAGUCCAUGGCAGCCAGUGCGGAAGGAGGAUCCGUCGCCAUCAUUAGGCCCAAGAAGGGCAAGCGCAAAAGUGUCUUGCAUACCGGUACCAGUCCUAGUAGUUCCAAGAAGAAGGGCAAGCGCAAAAGUGUCUUGCAUCGAUUCUUUGGAUCCAUCUUCUCGACUGGUACGAGUACUGCCAAAAAGAGCAAAGGCGAAAGUCGACGCAAUAAGAGACAGUCCUUGCCGACCAAACCCAACGAGCCCUGGGACAAGAACUACGCCACGGCUGGAUCUGCCCCCAACAGGGCGUACCGAUCUGUUGGGACGUUCUCUGCCUCCACGAAUACAACGGCUUCGUCCAAUGUCCGCAAAAGCAGUGCCAAGCAACGCCGACGACACCAAUCCACUGGUGUUCUGGUCCUCGAGCAGAAGCAGAAGCAACCAAUGACGAUUCGUGCAGAGGCGCCCAAGGCACAACCGCCGGGUGUGAAAUCUGUGGAGUGCUGA